AUGUCAGUUGUAUCACCGACUCACUUUGACGAUAAUACAGAAGACUUGCUUCAGCUGUUAACAAAAGCCUGGGAUAAUCCUUUAAAAGCAACCAUUCUCGAGUCGAAAUGGACACGCGAUUAUUUAACAAAACUCACUUCUUUACCUCUAGAUGAACUAUUACAUGAACCAGCACAACUUUUAGAAGAACAAGCAAAAGCGAAGCGCGACGCACAACAGUUAGCAUUUCGAGAUUAUCCUUCGUUUUUACACGCACAAACAUGUCGUCAUCAAGCAGAAGAAACACUGGACGGACUCGAUGAGCAUUUGGCUGAAUUCGUGGCGUCCGUUCCCGACUUGCAACAAGCAUGUGAAGCUUUUGGUGAGCACGCAAAGAUACUAAAAGAAGAACGAGGCAAGAUUACCAGCGUGCUGGAGCAUCAGAAUGUCUUGACCGACUUGCUAGAAAUACCCCAAAUGAUGGAAACAUGUGUUUGGAAUGGCUAUUAUUCAGAAGCCAUGGAUUUAGCUUCUCAUGUACGAUUAUUACAAGUACGAUACCCACUUUCGGUUAUUGGCAGUAUUCAGCAACAAGUGCAAGCGUCUUCCGAUCUGAUGCUCGUUCAGUUGAUAUCGCAUUUACGCAAACCGAUUCGACUUGCAGCCGCCAUGAACGUAGUGGGCUUUUUACGUCGUAUGGAUGUAUUUGAAAGUGAGACUGAACUAAAGAUGGUGUUUUUACGGUGUCGACAUGAUUUCCUGCAACAACGACUGGCGCGUGUGAAACGAGAUAUUGCAUCAGACGAUGCACGACAACAAAGUGUAGAUGCCUUUGAGUACCUAAAACGGUUUGUGGAUGUGAUGCGAGAACAAAUGUUUGAGAUUGGUACACAAUAUAUCUCCAUCUUUUCCAAUGGCGAACAAGGCACCUUAUUAUCGGAUUACAUGGUACAUAUCACUGGUUUAAUCAGGGCGGCACUCAACACGUAUCUGCCCAUGAUUGAAGAUACCUCAGCUCUAGCCUCGUUAUUAACACAGCUUCAAUAUUGCGGCCUUUCGCUGGGAAGAAUCGGACUGGAUUUCAGACAUAUCUUUCGGUACAACCCAUGA